AAAAGUUUUAGUCAAAAACAGAAUUUAACUCAGCACAUGAGGAUUCACACUGGUGAAAAGCCGUUUUCAUGUGUGACCUGUGGAAAAAGUUUUGGUUAUAAACUGGCUUUAACUCAGCACAUAAUGAUUCACACUGGUGAAAAGCCGUUUUCAUGUGUGACCUGUGGAAAAAGUUUUGGUUAUAAACUGGCUUUAACUCAGCACAUGAGGAUUCACACUGGUCAAAAGCCGUUUUCAUGUGUGACCUGUGGAAAAAGUUUUAGUCGAAAACCGUAUUUAACUGAGCACAUGAUGAUUCACACUGGUGAAAAGCCGUUUUCAUGUGUGACCUGUGGAAAAAGUUUUAGUCAAAAACCGCAUUUAACUCAGCACAUGAUGAUUCACACUGGUGAAAAGCCGUUUUCAUGUGUGACCUGUGGAAAAAGUUUUAUUCGAAAACAGUAUUUAACUCAGCACAUGAUGAUUCACACUGGUGAAAAUCCGUUUUCAUGUGUGAACUGUGGAAAAAGUUUUGGUUAUAAGCCGGCUUUAACUCAGCACAUGAUGAUUCACACUGGUGAAAAGCCGUUUUCAUGUGUGACCUGUGGAAAAAGUUUUGGUUAUAAACCGGCUUUAACUCAGCACAUGAUGAUUCACACUGGUGAAAAGCCGUUUUCA